GGGCUGUGCAGGUCAGCGAGGCCCCUGGAGAGGCUAGAGGCCACCUUGGCUGUCUCUCUUUGUUGCUCCCACCUCCCGGGCUCUGGCCGUGGCUGCCUGCAGUGACUCGUGACUCCCCAGCAGCCAGCGAAGGCCUGAGCCCGCGAGGGAGGGGGGCGGUGGGCGCCCCUGGCCCGCCCUCCGCGUGCCCUUCGGACGCUUGCAGGGGGUGCUCCGGGAAGCCGCGCCACCGCGGGCUCGCGGCCACCUCUCGCGCGCACUGUGCGCGCCUAGCCAGCGGCUUGGCCUCUCCCGAGGCGGGGCCCACGCAGCCGCGCCCCCUUCCCGCGCUUGCCCGACUGGGCUCCCGCGCGCGAGCGCGAUCUGCCCGCACCGCAGCCCCUCGCACCACGGGCAGAGCCCAGGCGGACGCGCGCUCCGCCCUACCCCUCCCCGCCCCGAGUGGGCUGCGCCCGCCCCCGCUCCCGCCCCCGCCCCCGCCCCCGCGCGUGCUCCCUCCUCCCUCCCUCCCACCCUCUUGCGCCCCUCCCCGUGCGCCCCUCCCGCGCCCUACAUCCACCGCCCGGCCGAGGGGGCUCAGUCCUGUGCUGCCGCUGUCGCCGCUGCGCUUUGGUCUCGGAGCUGGCAGCGGCCGCCGGUGCCGCCUAGACAGCUGCGCGGGUGAGCAUCCCCAGACAGCAACUGGUAGCUGUUCUUAGCUGUGCCCAGUCCUUCUGGAACACAUCCUGUGUGAGGUCCCUCCAGCUAUAAGGUGGGCACCAUGUCGGAGAAGUUCGACUGUCACUACUGCAGGGACCCCUUGCAGGGGAAGAAGUACGUGCAGAAGGAUGGCCGUCACUGCUGCCUGAAGUGCUUUGACAAGUUCUGCGCCAACACCUGCGUGGACUGCCGCAAGCCCAUAAGCGCUGAUGCCAAGGAGGUGCAUUAUAAGAAUCGCUACUGGCACGACAACUGCUUCCGCUGUGCCAAGUGCCUUCACCCCUUGGCCAGUGAGACCUUUGUGUCCAAGGAUGGCAAGAUCCUGUGCAACAAGUGCGCUACUCGGGAGGACUCCCCCAGGUGCAAAGGGUGCUUCAAGGCCAUUGUGGCAGGAGACCAGAACGUGGAGUACAAGGGCACCGUCUGGCAUAAAGACUGCUUCACCUGCAGCAACUGCAAGCAAGUCAUUGGGACCGGAAGCUUCUUCCCGAAAGGGGAGGACUUCUACUGUGUGACUUGCCAUGAGACCAAGUUCGCCAAACAUUGCGUGAAGUGCAACAAGGCCAUCACAUCUGGAGGAAUCACUUACCAGGAUCAGCCCUGGCAUGCCGAGUGCUUUGUGUGUGUUACCUGCUCUAAGAAGCUGGCUGGGCAGCGUUUCACCGCUGUGGAGGACCAGUAUUACUGCGUGGAUUGCUACAAGAACUUUGUGGCCAAGAAGUGUGCUGGAUGCAAGAACCCCAUCACUGGGUUUGGUAAAGGCUCCAGUGUGGUGGCCUAUGAAGGACAAUCCUGGCACGACUACUGCUUCCACUGCAAAAAAUGCUCCGUGAAUCUGGCCAACAAGCGCUUUGUAUUUCAUAAUGAGCAGGUGUAUUGCCCUGACUGUGCCAAAAAGCUGUAACUUGACAGGGGCUCCUGUCCUGUAAAAUGGCAUUGGAACCAUUCUUUGUGUCCUUUGCUCCCUCCCUCCCUCUGUACCAUCCAUAGGGCAAGAGUGGGCUUUCACCUCUUUAAAGUUGCUCUUUCCGUCUUUUCUCCCAUUUUACAGUAUUAAUCAACGAAGGACACACAGUGAUCAUAUUAAGAUUUAGCAAAGAGCAACCUUGCAGCAAAAAUAAUUUCUCUGUUGCUGCACUGGAAAAACAAAACCUUAGACUGACUCUUCUGCAUGUUUCUCAUAGAGCAGAAAAGUGCUAACCAUGUAGCCACUUCACGAUGUAAACGAGAAGCAUAGGCGAUAAAGCUCCCACUGAGACACCUUUGGGGCUCAGUCUGGAUGCGCUGUGCGGUCACGUGACUGCGGUGUAAGAGUUGCAGCGGCUGCUCCAACUCCCUUCUCGCCUUCUCUGGGCAGUUAAGAACUUGCCAGAAUGCAUGGUUUAACUUCCUUAUCAAAACUCUGACCUUCCUUCUGUUCUUUUGUGCUUUCACACGACUAACACAGAUUUCCAGAGAAUUAACAUUUUGAACUUUGUUGUAAUUCUCAAGUGACUUUUCCCCCAUACUAACAUUUGACUCCCUUACGUGGCGUGUUCUCUGAGCGUUCCUACUUUAAAGCAUGGAACACACAGGUGAUUUGAAGCAUCUAAGCAGAUCUGAGAAAACGAGCCUGUUUCAGAACAAACUCACCACAGUGACUACUUCGGAAGCUUAACAAGACUAACUCUCCUGUCCUUUUUAAUUUUUUUUUUUAAAUUUUGUUUUAAUGAGUAGUAAAAUAGUUUAUGGGUUUGGAAACUUGCAUGACAAUAUUUGAGCCUCCUCAAACGUUCCUGCAGUUUUGAGAUUCAUCCUGUAGACAUGACAAAAACUCUAGAGCCGCAGCUGAGCAGGCACAGGGCUGUCAUCAAAGUAGGGACAAGGUGAAGUCCUUGUAACAUAACCGUUGUCUGCUCUUUGUCUGCAUCCAGGAAGAGUGCAAAGUCCCUUUGCUUGUGAUUCUUAGAACUUUCCCUCCAGAAUUGCAGUUAGACUCUGGGGCUGUCGGAGGUGGUCGUCAUCCUUCACAGGCAGGACUGGGUUUUCACCCCCUUCUCUGAAACGCAGGAUUGCCUCCUUAACUGUACUCUCCAUUUUAUUACAUAUAUAACGAGCCAAUAUCAAAGUAAAGAUGUAAUGAAAACACACACUCAUAUAUUACUGUAGGAGUGGUUAUAGAUGCCAACACCUCAUUUCCAUAUUUGUCAUUAGCUGUUUCCAUCUACUGUUUGAUUGUAUCCUUACAAAAAUAAAGCAGCAUAGAAAGAG